UCUGCGUAUGAGCGAGAGAAGCAACACGCAACGCUGCUGUGCGUCUGCGCAUGCGCAGUUCUGACGCAAACAUGGCGACGGAGAGCUGCGAAAAGUGCUGAAUUCUGUCUACAUUUCGACAAAAUCGCGAAGAUCGACUGCUCGGAUCUCUGCAGGACGUUCACACAGCAGCCGAUGCUCAACAUGGUCCGAACGGCACUGAAGGAUCACAAAGACAGUAAGAAGGAUAAAGCGGGCCGGAGCAUGUCUCUCACAGGUCCUGGACCAGUCAAAGUGAUGGAGUCGUUCUCAUGGGAGGAGUAUUUGAAAGAGACGUCGUCAGAUCCCGCUCCUCCCAGCUGCUUCAGACAGUCUCGGAUCCCUCCCUCCAACGACUUCAAGGUGGGAAUGAAGCUGGAGGCCCGGGACCCUCGUAACUCCACCUCCACCUGCAUCGCCACGGUGAUGGGCUUGAUGGGCGUGAGGCUCCGCCUCCGUCUGGAUGGCAGCGACAGCACCAACGACUUCUGGCGAUUGGUCGACUCCGCCGACAUCCAGCCAAUCGGAACCUGCGAGAAGAACGGAGACAUGCUGCAGCCGCCGCUGGGAUUCAGGAUGAACGCCUCGUCGUGGCCCAUGUUUCUCCUGAGGACCCUUAAUGGAGCAGAAAUAGCACCUGCCACGGCGUUUAAAAAGGAGCCGCUGCGGCCGCCCCAGAACGGCUUCAAGCCCGGCAUGAAACUGGAGGCCGUGGACAAGAAGAACCCGUACCUGAUCUGUCCGGCCACCAUCGGCGAGGUGAAGGGGGAAGAGGUGUUCGUGAUGUUCGACGGCUGGAGGGGGGCCUUCGAUUACUGGUGCCGCUAUGACUCCAGGGACAUCUUCCCCGUGGGCUGGUGCGCCGUCACCAAACACAGCCUGCAGCCGCCCGGAAACAGCAUCACCGUUUCAAAACCAGGUCCUACACCUUCCUCCUCCUCAUCCUCUUCCUCUAACCCUAAACCGCCCCGGCGCUCCAUGCCAUCUCCUUACCGCCUGCCGACUCCUCUUCCUCAACUCCCUGUGCGGAAGGGCAUUAGGGGACGGCGGCCGAAAAGCGAGACCAUCGCGCUGCUGAAGGCCCUGGCCGCUUCCACUGCAUCCCAGGACACAGAAGAUCAAGUAGAAGCCACGCCCCAAACCACGCCCAUUUCUCAGCAUCCCCUGCGUCCAUACAAGAAGAGGGGACCUAAACCGGGCAGCAAGAGGAAGCCCAGACUCCUCCAAAGCGCCAUGUCUAUAGCAGCCAGCUCAGACUCCAGGGUGCCUAUGACUCAGAUGCCCAGCGAUGGACUCUCUCCUCUGGGAUCCCCUUCAUCUGUGGUGUCUACUGUGUGUGUAUAUGUGAAUAAACACGGGAACUGCGGCCCACAUUUGGACCGUAAGCAGGUUCAGAGACUGCCGGAUCACUUCGGGCCGGAGGCGGUGAAUCUGGUUCUGCAGCAGACGGUUCAAGCCUGUCUGGACUGCGCAUACCAGCCCAAAGUGCUUCUGGGAUGCCUGCAGACCCAAGGCGGUGGAGGAGAGGUGGUCAGAGUCCGAACAGAUGGCGGUAAGCGGUUGGUGAAGCUGCCUUCAGCGUCGAGCGCCGGGUUUGUGUUGCGCUUCCUGGAGCGAGUGUGUCGACACCUGCAGUGUGAUAAUCUGUUCAGCAGUCAACCGUUCAGUCCACACAACACCUAUGACCGCGCUAAAUCAGUUAAAGAGGAGCUGUUGUCAGACGGUCCGUCUCUGAACAGAGGUGUGAAGCGGAUCUCCAGAGACUCUCCGCCGUACUGCGCUCCUCUCUCCCCAAAACUCCUGCACACAGACACACACCCAUCAGAAGCGGAGACUCUUCCUCCAGAGCAGAAUGGAUUACUGAAGGAGCAGCGCUUCAUGGACUCCGCCUCUAAUUCCAUGACGCCCCGCCCACUGACCUUGAGAAGCACCUCAGAGUACCAAUCACCACCCAGCAGCCCGUAUUACCAUGGCACGGGCCCGCCUCUACGCAGACAAGCCUCCAACCCCCUCACACAGACACACAGACGAGUGGAGGCCGCUAGCUCUACCACAGGUCCCGAGACGGCGGCGGUGGCGGCGGACCUUCCCAGAAUCCCCGGCAGGAGCCCGUCUUCCUGGUCCAUAGAGGAAGUAAUGCAGUUUGUGCGGGACGCAGACCCAACAGCGCUGGCUCCGCAUGCAGAGCUCUUCAGAAAACACGAGAUCGACGGUAAAGCUCUGAUGUUACUGAGGAGCGACAUGGUGAUGAAGUACAUGGGUCUGAAACUCGGACCGGCGCUCAAACUCUGCCACCACAUCGAGAGACUCAAGCAGAGCAAGCAGUGAAACACAAGGACUGAAACCUCACCUCCACACCAACACGCUGCUACAGAGGGGGCUGAUGGGAAACCGCCGUGUGCUGUUCAGCGGACGGGCUCGUCUGUCCAUAAACACACACACCUGGACGUUCAUCUGCAGCCAGAGCACACUCUGAGGAACAUUAGUGCCGCUCUCUGGGAACGACCGGCGAACGGGAGCGAAGGUGCGUUUGGAUGGGUCUUACCUCCUGCCAUCUCGUCUCCCCAAAGAUGCAGACGCUUUACAGGCCGAUUAGAUCACCGAUAGUGGUGGUGUUUGAGUCUGAUGUUGGCUAUUUAUCGCUCUACCUCCCUGUGACGUCAUACUAGUCCACAGGUGUUUCUGGAAUCACUUACAGCCACUGAAAACCUGCUUUUUAGUUGCGUUCCGUUUGUGUAUUUAGUUCAAACAAAACACAUCAUGUUUCUUAAUCGUAAAGGAAAAGUUCGGCCAAUCGUCAUUAUUUACAGUCCAAACCCGUACGACUUUGUUUUUUCCGUCGAACGCAAAAAGAGACGUUUUGUAGAAUGUUCACGCUGCUCGUUUUCAUGCAAUUCUGCGAAAUUAUUUUUGACCAAACAGACCCUUUAAACUGCUUGUUUUUGUUUGGUUGGAGAUUACAUUUAAGAGUGUUCACAAGUAAAUCUUCAAUGUUUUCACUCCAAACAUCAAAACAAUACUAAUAGCAUAUUGUGAACCAGUUUGGCACAUAUUAAUUUAAGUAAAUCACAUCAAAACAAUAAAAUAAAAAAAACAUUUAGGCCUAAAAUUGGCAUUUAUGUGUUUGAAUUGUAUUUAAAAUUUCUGUCAUUUUGGAUUACACAGUUUUAACAUUAAAAUAAUAAUAAUAAUAAUAAUAAUAAACAAUGUAAUUUAUAUUUGUCAGUCAUGCAUAAAUUAAAAAUGGGACAGAUUUUUGCACUCAAAAUCAUUGCAUGGUUAUAUUUGAUUAUUUAAAUAUUUAUUUAAAUCGCUUAGAAUCAGCAUAGAUUGCUAAUUGUGAAAACAAUUAAAUGUAUUCAGUUUAAAAGUAUAAACAUGGUUUAUACUCAAUAGAAAUACUCAAUUAGUUAAAAUAUAUGAGAUCUAUAUAUAGAAAUGUAAAUAUAUAAUUUAUAAAUAAAAAAAUAUACAUAUAUUUAAAAUAUAUAAAGCUGGCAUACAUUAAGUUUAUUAAUGUUAAAACUGUGAAAUCUAAACUUUUACAUGCAAUUUAAAUGCAUAAAUCUUAAAUUUAAGCCUAAAUAGUAAUGAAAUGCUGUAGGUUUAAUCUUUAACAGCGAAAUGCCCUUCUGCUUUGAAAAACCUAAAAAUCAGAGUUAUGUCGUAUAUCUAAUAUAGUUUUCCGUACACUGUGUUUUUCCUCUAUCGCUAUGUGUUUUCUCUUUCGACUCGAGUGUGGAUGUUCCAGAGCGUUCUGAGGAGAUAAUGCUUUCGAGAUAACGCUGUUUGAGUUGGCCUCAGUUUUGUUACAGGAACUCGUCGAGCUCUUAUCUGGGGAAUGUUUGAAUUGACUUGUGUUACGAAGUGUUGCGAAGCCAGGAUUAGACGUUAACCUGACACCUACACCAGCCGCAGAGCAGUAUUCAAGAGACCGAAACGCAGCACAUGAUGGAGAAAUGAACGAGUUUGCUACUCGAGAACAGGAAAGUCGUCUAAACUGGUUCAUUUCAAUGAAGCGUCGCAGUUGAAGCCUCAUUAGAAAUAUCACUAAAAUAGUGGGAAUGUGACGUAAUGUGAACGCCGGCGUGUUUUCCUCCGGCUUUAUCUCGAAGUUUAUGUUGAUAUUUGAUCAUUUUCACUGAUAGAUCAGACGUCAAUGGCGUAUUAUGGGUUUAACCAUAAAACUCAGCAACAGGAAUGUACAAUUUUGUAGAGAAGAAAUAUUUUAAGCUAAACACGUUGUAUAUGGAGGUGGGAAGCGUGACGAUAUGUUACGGGGGGCUGUUUUAUUUGGGAUUCGUUGUUUAAUAUACCUUGUACUGCCUUCCAGCGCUUUUUACCGGGAGGAAACGUCCAUUUUAAAUAGCUAUGUUCAAAUUGCCUUGCUUUACUUUGAGACUUCUCAGGUUUUUUUCCAUCUUUUGUAACGUAGCAUUUCAAGUUAGUCGUGAAUGUGAUCGUUUAGACUUUUCAGUUCCUUUGUCGAACUUUUUGUAAAAAAAAAAUCACAUGUAUUCGUAAUGUUGUGCCAUAUAGAUUCAUCAAAUGAUUGAAUAUCAAUACUUGUUAUGGAGAAAAAAAAACACACACACACACACACAUGCUUCGAUCUUGAUACCAGAGACGUUUUUAAUCAUGAAAUUUUUAAAGCUAAUGCAUUCGUCACAUACACAUUUUCAACGAUACAAAUAAUAAAUAAAUAAUUUAAAACAUCA